AAGAAAUUUUGUAUACAAGAUAUACAAAUAAAAAUAAAAAAUAAACACCAUUGUAAAAACAAUAGCUUCCUCGCUCCACUCAGAAUCUAAAAUGAGAAUAUUUACACAAAACUAAUUACUGUUUUGAAGAUUUACAUAUCCGAUCCCCGACAGUACAAUUUAUUUUACUGAUAAUAAUAAUUAUACCCACAAAUAAUUUUACUCUAGGGGAGUUAAACCCCUAACCCCCCUAUGUAUAUGCCACUGCCUAUAUACAAGGGCUGGCGGUAUUUCAAAUUUUGUUACUGGUAUCCGAUAUUUGUUUAUUACCGGUUAUACGGUAUUUUCUGUAAUUAUCAAAUAUACUGUGCCUCGGUAAUUACCGAAAAUACCGUACCAUCAGUAAUUACCGAUUUACGGUAUACCGUUAUUUUAAAAUGCCAGAUAUCGGUGUUUUUUAAAUACUGGUAAUUACCAGUAUACCCAACAUAGCCCUACUAUAUACAUAAUGGAUUAUGUUUGGGGGUACAUAUAAUUAUUUAAACUGUAAUUUUAAGUUUGAAGUAUCAUACUUAAUUUUUAUGAUAAGUUAAACGUCAAAAUUUUCAUAUGGCCGAAAUAUAACCAUUAGUUUGACCUACUCAUGUUUUUCCAACAUGAUACUUAUCUGAAAUUUAAAUUAUCAGUAUUCAGUAGCUGGCUAAUGAUAAAUGCAAAAUGUUUGCCCUUCAAAAAUGAGUAUAUAGCUCAUACUACGCAACCGUAUAAAUAAUCAUAACAUAUUUAACUAAAUUAAAUUUUUUAUAAAAUUAUUGUUUUUAACAAUCUUAAAAUUUAAUCGUACAUUACAUAAAUAUCUUACUGAUAUUUAAGUAAAAAUUUCUUAACUGAACUCUUAACCAAAUUCCACAUCAAACACAAGCAAUGUCUCAAGUAAAAGAGUGUCUAGAGAGAUCAUAUGAAUGUUCAAAAGUACCAAAUGCCAUUCCUAAAGCUUGUUUGCAGAAUGUUGAAAAAAAAAAUUGUGAAUUUCAAAGGGCAAAGACUUGCCAGGCUCUAAAGAAUCGGUUCAAGUACGUGCAGCCUUGUCGACGGGAUUCGUGCAAACCAAUCUCGCAACCGACCGUGUGUAAAACACCAUUCACCGACGACACCAUAUAUACUCAUUCGUACUACGAACAUGACGUGUGUGAAAAUCGUCCGAAACCCUUCACGCACCCGGAUCACUUGGUCAUGGCUGGAAAAUUUCAAGACCAAACGUCUCAAAGGAUGAGUUAUCCGGUACAGUGCAUAUCGACAGUGAAGAAAAUCGUGCCCAAGGAUAGUUGUCUGGGGUUCGAUGGACCGAUGCGGUUGACCACCACCCAGAAACACGAUUAUUACGUGCCUUGCAGUAACGACGGCUACGGGCGUAGCAAGAAAUUCGUUCAGCCCGACAACCUGGUGGUCGAUUCUGACUGUCCGAUGUCGGGGCUCACCACGAGCUACUGUUCGUACCAGCCUGUUUGCGUGAAGCGAGAGAACAAUUUUAAACCGAACAAAUGUUAUACCGUACCCGUGGAUAAAAUGGACCUAAACACGACUCAUAGAUCCAGCUACAAGGUAAUAGAACAACAGGGAAAAAUCCAAACACCGUGGGCUGCAAAACUAGGCUAUUGCAAACCGAAAAAUUCUAUGGAAUACUGUACGAUGUAUAACUACAGUUACAAGGAACCGGGUGCUUACAUGUAUAAGGAUGAUGGUGGAGAUGCUGUUAAUAUCAUGGCGGACAGUGAUUUAGCCAAAAACUGUUGUCCGUUCACGUGUCUAGCUGACGGUGUAGAUAGUGAACUUAAAUCAACAUUUACGAAAGCACAUCAUUUUGGUGAUUAGACUCUGAAACCGUUACAGCCAUAGUUUACUAUACAGAAAUAAACACAAGAUUUUUAAACCGUUCUAAAUAUCAUCACGACUGGUGGUCCUGUGUGCCGGAGAUCGCUAAUAUUGACUUCAAUAACACUUAGAUGGAAAACGUUUAAAAAAAAAUACAGACAGCAAAUAUUACUUACUACUGUGAUGUUAAAAAUUUAAAUAAAUCAACAAUUUUUUUUUUACAAACAACA